AAUACUUCUAUAUGGACAGUUUAAAUGGGAAGGAAUGUCCCACUAUUAAGGUGCCGACAUAUACUAUUUUCUCUCUCGUCCCAGAUACCUGGUUCACGUUGCGCAUGCUUGAGAAUUCCCCAUGAUAUUAAUAGAGGGGGAAGAAUGAGGGGAAUAAUUUUGUGGUUAUGAUUCUGUUUACAAAUAUAUUUAUUAUUGUAAUUCAGAAAAACAAUUAUAAAUUUUAAAAAACUUUUGUUUUUAUUUAAAUAAUAUUCUUUUUCCAACAAUCAGUUAUUGAAAAAUGGUGAAGUUGUGUUAUUUAUGUGAUAGAAAAGCGUCGAGAGCUGACAAUAUUUCUUUGCAUCAAUUUCCGAAAAAUUUUGAGAUACGUUUGAAGUGGCUAAAUGCUUGUGGAUUAACUGAAAAUGAUGAUGUAAAAAGAACUUGCAUAUGUUCCAGACAUUUCAAAGCUGAUGAUAUUUGUCAAUCAAAAAUUUUUGGAGUUGUUAAAUCUUCUAUAAAACGUAAUGCAGUUCCUACACUUUAUUUAACAAAUCCACUCAGUAUUGAUAAAACUAGUAAAUUACCACCAAACACGCCGCUAUCGGAAGUAUUUGAUGAGAAUGGAGUCAGCAAUCAAUCGUCAUCAUGUUUUUCUGAGAAUAAUAUUGUCAACCAAUAUAAUGUACCCAAUACUUUGCAAAAAAGUAAAAUAAUAAGAUUUAUGUAUAAACAUAGAAGGAUGGUGUUAAGAGUGCAAGAUUUUCUUGUCCAGAUAUUUGAUUACUUAGAUAUUUAUUAUAUUUAAUAUUUGUAUUUGCCGCUCAAGGCGACAACUAAAUCAUUAUUAUUAUUUAUUCUGAGAUAGCGUCGGUCUACACGCAGCCUAGCUGCGCAUACGACUUACUCUCCGGCUUGCUUGUUGUGUGACACGCACUUGUUGGCAACAAGUUGUUGCUUGGACGCUUGACUGUUGUGUGUACUAAUACGCAGUUACAACUCAAGUUUUUUUUUUUAUAUUAUUAAUUUGGUUAUACGUAUAUAAGUUCAUAUAAAAGAGUGUUUAGAAUUGUUAAUAAUUAUAAGAAGAAUAAAUAAACUUAGAUUCAGUUUAAUUAAAACCUUGUGUUCCAACUUUCUUCAUAAUCCCAACAGAUAGUAACAAAAAAAAUAUUUAUAUAUUAUUUCUACUAUUUGUAGGUCCAAUAAAAACUAUUGUUACAAAUGAAAUAUGUCGAAAAAUAGGACUAAUGUUUGAUAAUAAAGAAAUGAACGAUCAUGUUUUACUUCAAAAUUUUUCUGAUAAUCAUCGUUAUCAGUUAUGUAAAUGGAUUAUUGAAGUAUAUUUAAACACAAGAUUUUUUUAUGAAGCCAAAAAAUUAUCAAUUAAAGAUAAUUAUGUUCGGCAAAAAUAUAAUAGACUCAUUUUAUUUUAUAACCAAUAAGAAAUUAACAAACUGCAUGCUAAUUUUUGUGUAAAAUAAACUUGUAUCAGUUAAA